GUAGCUAAGUUAACUAGCUAGCUAGCUAGGUAUCUAUCUAGCAUUUUCUAUGCUCAUGAAACAAAGACUUAUUUUUAAUUUAGUUCGGUUCGGGUUGCGGGAGCGGUGGUAACUGCUGACACUACGAAGUUCGCCAUCGUAGACAACACCGUCGUCAUAUACACUAUUACACUAGGAUACGAAAGAGAGAGAAAGAAAGAGAGAAGAGAGAAGAGAGAGAGAGAGAGAGAAGAGAGAAAGAGAAGAGAGAGAGAAAGAGAGAGAGAGAAAGAGAGAGAGGUGUCAGUCGCGAGAUAAACGCGCAUCAGGUAGGACACUUUGCCAAGGACAACGACGACUACAACAACAACAAAAAAAGACCUAAAACAGGUAGAAAGACUCGGACAAUCAAGAUAAGAAAUAAAAAGGAAGAAGAAGAAGAAGAAGAAAAAAAGAAAGGGUGGUUUAGGUCGAUCGAUAAUGAGCUUAAGGUGGAUCCACGAGAAUUUGAAAGCACCAACUUGUGACGAGGAGUGCAGUGACAUUGAUGACAGUUGUAGUGACGAUAGUUACGACACAGAUUUGUCAUAUUGUAAAAAAGAAUCUUCCUCUGUAACUAUCAGUCAUCCCACUUCCACCAACUCAUCACCUAAUUCUAAAAAAAUUGACGACGAGAAAAAGGGAUUGAACAGUGGUGGUGGUGGUGGUGGUGGUGGUGGUGGUGAUUCUCGUAAACAUAAAAUAGAAACGAGGAAACAACAGAAGAACACUAUAGUUUCCUCCUACGAUGAUAACAGUCAAUCAAGAUACGAGACUUCUGAUAUUACUUACACCAUUUCACCCUACGUAAUAUGGGAUCCACGGCAACCAGCGGAAAAUCCAAUUUAUAAUUCUCUCGUAAUCAAACUUUACUGUCGUACUGGUUAUCAUCUUGCUAUAAUGUCUACUGGCAAAAUUCUAGGCUUGUCAGGAACUAAUGAAAAAUAUGCUCUUUUACACGUAACACCAGUAUCAUUUGGAAUUGUACGAAUACAAGGUGUUGAAACCAAAUUAUAUCUUGCAUUUAAUAAAAAGGGCUACUUGUAUGGAGAGUCAAAUAUGAACAAGGACAAUACAGAAUGGGAACAAUGGUCUGUUGGAUCUUACGAUGCAUUUCGUUCACGUAAAUACGUACAUCCAGGUUGGUGGAUUGGUAUAAAGAAAAAUGGACGUGCAAAAUCUGGACCAAGAACGGUUUGGGGUCAAAAGGCUAUACAAUUUUUAGCAAUAAGACAAGAUUAACGAAAUUAUCAAAAAAA